GAGAUAUUGGAUGAGAAGAGGAAGAGCACUGAAAGCGACGUCUACUCAUUUGCAUGUACAUGUAUUCCGAUACUGUUCGGCAAACAACCAUAUUCCGAUUUGAGUGACAUGCAAAUAUUGGGCAGGCACCCGCAGCUCCAGAAAAAAGCUCCUUGGGACUGGGACUUCGAGGACCCACUUCAGCGCACUCUGUCCCACUGCUGUUCUGUAGUGCCCGAGAAUCGCCCUUCUAUUCGGAAGGUACUGCAAACUGUCAUUUCUGCUGAAUCUAAGUCGUACCCGUUUUGUGGAGACACCGAGAAUGUCCCGAAGAGUAUCAUAACGGGUUUUUCAUAUCCUUCACCUCACGACGCUUCCAUGCUAAAUACGUCCGAGCCUUCCAAUACUUUGUCUGCCGAGGAACCAAAUGGCGGUGAAGAUAUUGUUCCCCGUCCUACAAAGCUUCUCCGGAAGCUGUGGUUGAGACGCCAGGGCACAAAUGACAAUCAAGGACCAGUGCCCCCUGCGGACCAAGCAUCUGGGUCCAGUUCGAGUGUGCCUCCAACAUUCUUUGGCGGAGACGACUCGUCCCUGCAUCAGUCCCGGAAACCUUUGCCCGACCGUGAUUACGAUCUAUCUGCCAUGCAUAUUUCUAAGAGAGUUCUCUCAAAAUCAUCGCGGGGCGCCACGAGUGCCAAUAUUAUUUGGAACGGCGUUCUGAACGCGCUGUGUAUUGCGAAUGAUACUUUAGAUAGUGUCCCAGUUCCUGGCCUUAGGGGUGCAAUACAUGGCUUUCUCGAAGUAGUUAAACAGUUGAAGACGGUCGGAGGAAUCAACGAUGCGAUCAGCGAACUCCAGAACAGCAUCAAACUCUUUAAUCGGUCAGUUUUGAAAGCGCUCAAACGAUACCAACGACAAGAUGCUGUGUCUCCUGAACUUGUCCAGCCCAUCGAGACUUUAUCAAGUGAACUUAUUGCGAUCACUAUGCCACUCCAAUCAUACUGCAAGAAGAGCACUGUUUACCUGUGGGUGAAUCGCGACAAAUUUCAAGGUGCUAUCCGCUUAGCCGGGCAAAGAGUGCACAAUUCUGUAAUAGCCUUUCAGGCUACGCACGUGGCCAGGGUUCGCUUAGGAGUGGCUCCGAUUGAGGACGAGAUGAAGAAGGUACAAAGUCGCGAGGGAGCCCUAAAAGAAAAAGCAAAGCAGUUGGAGUCCUAUCUCAACACGCUCCCUUCUACUGGUGACGCUAGUCAUGACACCAACCGACUUGGCGCACCAUCCAUCUGUUUUCCGGGAACGAGAAGUGAAAUUCUGUGGACCAUUAAGCAGUGGUUUCGCCGACCCAUCAGUGAUACGACUAAACCAGUGUUCUGGGUUAAUGGCCUAGCCGGGAUCGGAAAAUCGACUAUCGCAUGUACCAUUGCGCAGGAUGCUAACGAGUCUGGACACCUUGGAUCUAGUUUCUUCUUUUCCCGUCAACAUGCCGAGUUGUCUAGUGCCAAGUUCUUCCUCGGGACAAUCGUGCGGAACAUCGCUAUGAAACUUCCCGAAUUCGGUGCGGCUGUUGCGGAGGCAUUGAAGGAAGAUAGUAACCUUCCCCGUGCUUCCCCUCUCACCCAAUACUCCUCACUACUUUUCACACCCCUUCGAGGCCUCGAGGUUUCCAAGCCUCUACUCCUGGUAAUUGAUGCUCUAGAUCAGUGUAAGAGGACGAUGCGAAUGGAGCAAAAGAAAUUCUCCGCCACCUUAUCUCCGGCUACGCUGGCAUCCCGGCCUCCGUAUACUCAUAACAAGCCGACCAGAGUCUCAUAUAGUCACGGAGCUCAUGAAUGUGGACAAAAUUGUGAUUCAUGAAAUUGAUAAGCACGUCGCUUCGCGAGAUAUCGAGUUAUAUCUUCGGGGUCAGCUCCACGUCGUUUCCGAACGAUUCAGUGACAGG